GCGAUCACGUGUUUGGCGAUGCGUGACGUGCAUAUCAAUUGGGAUUACAGUCUUCGACCUAGAUGUUUCAUAAAUAAUCAAAACAUGUAACAUGUCCAAUAAAUCUGGUGUUAAGUUGCGAUAAACUGGAAAGGUAAUACGGUUCGAAAAAGAUUAUAAAACUAAAAUGAGCAAACAACAGUGCUGCUUAUUGUAUUCUACCUAACAGUGGGAUUCGUACUGUAACAAAAAACAUACACCAACAACAUUCUGUGUACUGAAGAGUUGUGAGUUUGUACUCACUGAUAUUUAGUGGAGUGUAACCCUCACACAAGAUGGAGUGGGCGAUCAUGAACUUUGGGGGCCUGAAUGGCCUGAUGGGGACCCUGGGAUACGUGGAGGAGGAUCAGUACAUUGUGGAUGAUGACUGCCUUGAGAGUCUGGAGAUGAUGCUGUGUCAGCUGGAGGAAGAUGACCCAGUUAGGAGAGAGACCCUCAGACAGAUGGCCAAUUCCAACAUUAUACAGAAGGAGCUAGUUCCUCUUGUGUCACAUCUGAAAGAUGACCCUGAUAUUUUCCACAUGGCUAUCAAGUUGCUGGUAGCCCUCACACGCCCAGUGGAAUGUCUACAACAGGAGAUCACCAAAGGUCAUUCCAAGGGUCAUGCCAAGGUCACCAACAUUGACCUGCCCUGGGUGGAGGAAGUGGGAGGUUUUUUGGGUCGUGCAAAAUCCUGCUGUGCCAACGCAGUGUUUAUCAGGGCCAUCUACACUGAGGUCAAGAAGAUCAUCAGUGAUUCUGGAGAAUAUGACCUACUGGAGGAGGACUGCCAGUCCAUUAAGACGUGCCUGGUGCUGCUACGUAACCUGCUUCAUGUACCCAGCACACAGACAGAUGGAGGACAGAACGACAUACACCUCGCAUUCCUAAGUUCCCUUUUGGAGAAUGGCUUGGAUGACUUAGUUCUUACCUUGCUGAACACAAAACAGAAGGAAUACUGGGGUGCCACCUUAGUCCAGCUAGUCUCGCUUCUCUAUAGAGACCUGGUUGGAGAAGUUUUCCUUGCAUUAGAAGACAUGGGGAUGUGUGAUGCUGAUUCUUGUGACUCCGCCACAUGUUCCCACUGCGAAAACAGCAUGGACCGUUGCAUGUUAUAUCCAGGAAAACUUGACCAUAACACCCAGACAGAGAAUGGGGAGGGCUGGUCAGAUAUUAGUGGAAGCCAGGCAGGGCAGGACAGAUGUAAAUCGGUCAGUGAACAAACAGUAAAAUGUGAACAGAGGUCUACGCGAACAUGUGGUAGUAGCUUGCUUGAGAGUUUCGGCACAAAAUGUCGGUUGUCGAAUGAGGACGUGGAGGCGAAUGCACGAAAAUUAGCUGCAAAUAAACAUGGUGGCAGUGGAAGUGGUAUUGUACGUAGCAACUCAGCAAACAGUAUGUCUGAUAAUUCAACCAUACAGGCAUCUGAGACAGAGAAAAUGGCCACCUCUGAAUCAAGCAUGGAGCGAAAAUCUAGCGGCUACGGGACCAACAGCUUUGUGGAUAACACUUGUGAUCGUCUAGUUGACUUCACAAAUAACUUCCUUGAAAAUGGGGUCUCUAACCUUGUAAACAUACUGCAGGAUGAGAUUCUGGCCCCACAGUCAUCAUCAGAGCUGGACGACUCGUACUUCCUGUGGAGUGUAGCCUUCUUCCUGAAGUUUGCACGCCGGAAAGAGAUCGAGUUCCGCAAGAUCAGGGACAUUCUCACAGAGGACGUGUUUGGAUUCCUGGUGUAUGAAGCAGUCAGUAAUGGGGAGGAAGUUAUGCAUGCGUUCAAGAAUGAAAACUCCUAUGAGCUCAGUAUGCGCAGGCUGCAUUUGGCGGUGACAGCAUUGCGAGAGAUGAUCAAAACGAUGACAUUCCACAUCAUGAAGGGGCUGGCAGGUGAUGACCUGACCUACAUUCAACAGCUGCAAGGAAAGCUUGCCAACAUGACAGAUCUAAGACAGUCGUUUCUGUGGUUGUUGAAGACAUACGAGCCUGGUUGUCAUAGUAACCUUUACCUGCGUGACAUCAUCGUGACCAAUCACUACUUCCUGUUAUUGUUGGAGGACUGGCUGGCUCGGGGAUUGUGUGAUGACCGCAGCGUCACCAUGAUAUCUCACAUAAAGCAGUUUUCCCAGCCAGCUUUGAUGCUCAAGUACAGCCAGUUGUUGCAGCGAUACGGCGAGAACGACCACCAUGUGAACAACUGUGCGUUCACGAUGAUGUACCACGUGGCGGGAGACUGCAAGAACCACGAGGCUCUCAUGCAUCCAGAGAUCCUUCAGACCUUCAUCAAUAUCCUUGACAGCAACCUACCCCUCACUUAUGAGAUGAAUGACUUAAUGGAGUACAUCAUACAGAAGUUCCUGGCCCUGGCUGAGACUGAUCCCCUUGUGUGUGCCGUCAACUUUGGACUCGAUAACAUCUCUCCACCCAAUGAACGUGUUGACAUGGACAAUGACAGUGACGCGCUGGAUCAUGGCUGGACCAUUCAGGAGAUAGACCUUCUCACCAGCUGGUGGGGUGAGCUGGAGGGACGCAGUGAUGCCAUCGACGAGGUGGCACGCAGGCUACUUGACAAGGGCAUACGCAAACUGAAAAUUGAGGUUGUAAACCAGCUGUACAAGAUGGACUGGCUGUCAGAGAGCCAGCUGGAGCGGUUCAUAGCAACAGAGAAGGGUUUCAUGCAACAGACUGUUGUGAAGAACUACGAGCUCUCCACCAAGGGUGAUCAGUUCUUAUCUGCCUUGGAAGAACUCUCACAAAUGGAGGAGGAAAAAGUGGUCCCAUUCUGCCUACGAAAGCUGGAGGAAGAGGGAUAUGACAAACAGCUGCAGCAUGUGCGCAACUGUCUUUUGGAGACUGCCUUUGUGAAAUCAGGAGCUGUACUGCCGGGCUCCAGGAUAGAGCCAGUGAUCAAGUACUUCGCACUUAAGAAGAAAGACGUGCCUGUGGUCAUGUACAAUGAGGAGCAGGUGUCACUAAUGCAGAACCCGUACAUGAUCGGCCUGCUGGAACAGCUCGGUCUACACGUGGAUGAGGAGGGGUUGAGGUUCCCCAGGAUUCCUGCAGACGUUGAGGUGGCAGAGUUGCUACAGAUGGCGGGAAAGAUUAGCAAACUGGAUGAUGAAAUGGUACAGUGUUUCAAUCACGCAAUGUCAGGCAUGGAAAAAUUCACAGAUGUCAAGGAAACAACAGAUUUGAAUGAGAAGAAACCUUCACGACAACCAUUCCAGACGCCAGCAGUAGGGUGGAUGAAACUCGUUAGCAGCUACAACAAAGCGGAGACUUCUACUGGGUCAUACGAAAGAAUGGACACCAUGUAGCCUGCUCAGGGUGGUGUAUAUUCGAUCUGGGACUUGACGGAUAUUCAUGAAGACACGGUGCUAGACAGUUUUGCAGAUAUUUUAGUGAAUGUUUUGGUGUGCUUUGUUAAUUAUCUGUACUUUAUUGACUUUUGGUCUUAAGUGUAUCAGUAAACUUUUGCUCUGUCCAUUUGACGGAUUGGAUGGCUUUAAGGCUACUGUACUUAUUUUCUUUAUUAGUCUAUAUUGACUUUGAAGUGUAUAAGUCAUCGCCUUUUUUGCUUUGACUUACAUUAAAAUAUUAAAAUUAAACUUUUACAUCUGUUAUAAAUAUAUGAAAAUAUGUUUGGAAGUUUAUGUUAUUUAACUUUGGUCUCGUAAUGCUCUAAAGAAAGUACAGACGGUAUGUGGAUGACCAUAUUGUGUUAGUGAUCUUUAUGAACAGUAUUUUGUGGUAAAGUGUAUGUAAAAAGGUUGUUAUUAAUCACUCUGUGUGUUCAAGUGGGAUUUGAAGUUUUUUGUUUUUCUUCUGUAACAAGUAUAUGUUGAUCAAAGAUUGAAAUUUAUACUGCAUACCAGUAUAUGAAAUAAAUUACGUAAAAAUCAGGUACUUUCCUUAAAAAGUGUUAAUACUUUUUGAGUUAUAGAAAUCAUUUUUUAAUUAAAGCAAAACUAAAUUAGUGAUUUGUGUACAUGUAUAUCAGUUUUGAGUUAUAGAAAUCAUUUUUUAAUUAAAGCAAAAAUAAAUAAGUGAUUUGUGUACAUGUAUAUCAGAAAUGUCAUAGGUGGUCCUUGGAAGAACUGAGCUAUAUUUAGAAUUGCUACUAGCAGUCUACCAGGAGAUCACAUGAGUGGCAUUCUGAGAAAACAUAUCUUAAUGCACAUGCAUAAAGUUUCACCCCCGAUUAGUCUGUGCAGUCUGCAUAGGCUUAUCAGGGACAACACUUUCCACUGUUUUGGAAUUUUGUGUUAAUAGUUAGUCUCUUCAUAGCAGAAAUCCAGUUAAGGCAGAAAGUGCUGUCCCUAAUCUGUGACGAUUCUUUACGCACAUGGAUUAAGCCCCUUUAUCCCAGAAUGAGGCUCGCUCAUAUAAUUCCUGAUUGAGCAGUCAUGUAUAAUGUAUAUAGGCAUGAUAAAAUUGUUCAGGGUUAUGGUGUCGGGUUGUUAUUGUUUUUUGUUUUUUUUUCGUAGCAUAUUUUCCUAGAUUUUUCUGUGUGUUUUUAUUUGCUUCAUUAUGUUUUCUCUAAAGGAUACUGAAUGCUCUUUACAUAUUGUAUUAUUAUUUUCACUCUUUUAUAUGUUGUUAAUAAAUUUUUCUCACUGCUUCUAGUUUGGACCAUGUUGACGCUAUUGCAUUGACUUUGAUGAUUCACUACUUGUUGACUUACAUGUUGUUAUUGUGAAUCUGUAUUCCAUCUAUGUUGAUGGUUUUUGUUAAUAAUGUAAUUUCAUAAAUAAUUGUUUACUUCUUACAAUUAAACAAACAAAUUGUUUGCUGUUAUAUCUAGGUAGAUGAAGUAGUAAUCCGACUUGUUGAUGAAUGGAAAAUUAAAUUUUCUCAUUUGAUGUUGAUGUCUUUUUCUAAAAUUAUUUUAUUCUAGUUUUUAAAUCAAUUUCAUGGUUGACAAAUGCCUUCACUGUUAAAUAAUGAUCUUACUUGAGGAGUUUAAAAGUUUAUAUUUAUUGUACAAUUUGAAUUUAUGUGUAAUAUAAAACUAAAGGAAAACCACGUUUUCUAAAGCAUUAGACAAUGGUGUACAUAUUUGAGCAUAGAGUGACUUGUAAAUAAGGAAAUGUACUGUUGAAACAUGUCUUAUAUCUUAAGAGGGCAUUGGCAAUUAUAUUUUCACAAAAAUAUUUUCUAUGUUGUUGUUUUUCAUUUGCAUGUAAUUUGUAUGUAUAUUGAACAUAUCGUCAGAAUAGUAUAUAAUUUUGAUUGAUUUAUCAUUUGUUUUCUAUUUAAUAUUUGUAGUGUCUUUAUUCACAGAUUGUACUACGUAUGUAUUAUAUUUUGAUGCAUUGUUUACACUUUGCUCCUUUCUACUUGUGAACAUAUUAGGGCAAUGUUGUACACGUACUGACAUGUAUUUAAUAGCUUUAUAUUUGUCUCUUGCAUUUUUCUCCACUUAUUACUUUUGCAAUGUUACAUAUUGUUGCAAUACCUAAAGAUGAGACUAUAGAUAUUGCAGAUGAGAUGAUUAUGAUAUUAGCAUCUUUGUGUACAGCCUAGUUAAUAUUGUUUAGCUUUUCAUUUCCGUUUCCCACUGGAUAUUCAUUUUUAGCGAGGCUGUUUUCGGAGAAAAUCUGAGCUAUUGUCAUAGCCAGCUUGUCGUCUGCUGUCCGCCGUCCGCCGUAGGCGUCGUGCUAAAACCUUAACAUUGGUCAUAACUUUUUAAAUAUUGAAGAUAGCACCUUGAUAUUUGGCUUGCAUGUGCAUCUCAUGGAGCUGCACAUUUUGAGUGGUAAAAUUUCAAGGUGAACAUCAUCUUUCAAGGUCUAGGGUCGAAAAAACAAAGUCAAGGGAAGUAAUAAGCUUUAAAUGGACAUAGUUAUCUGACCUGCCCACAUAUAUAUUUUUGUUAAAUAAAUCAAAGCGGCGCAGUAGGCGGCAUUGUGUUUCUGACAAACACAUUGUGGUAAAAGGUCAAGGUCAUCAUUUACGGUCUAUGGUAAAAAAUACAGAUUUAAGGAAAGUAAUAAGCUUUAAAAAGGGAGAAAAUUAUUCAAUAUUGAACAUAGCCACUUUAUAUAUUUGGCAUGCAUGUGUAUCUCAUGGAGCUGCACAUUUUGAGUGGUGAAUCUACAGUCACGAUAGUGGCUUUUAAUUAUUUGCUACUAAAAAUAGAGAUUUGUUAACAGACAAUUAUUUUCAAGGGAAGUAAUUUAUAUAAUUAUAAAUCUCAUAUUAUAUAUUUCCUUACCAAGAAUUGAAGUUCUUUUCACAGUUACUGCAGAUUUAUUAUUUUGUAUAUUUAUAACCCAAAUGAUUGAUUUGUCAUUUUUUUUUUAAAUGAUAUAAUUAUAAUUUCUUUGAUGUUCAUUACAUACCUGUGGACUUAUGUCCAUAGAUACAUGAUCAACUCUGGCUAUGAUUUCUUUUAAACCACAGGCCUUGGUUGUCAGUGAUGUCUGACAUGGUCUUAAUUGACUGUGAGACCUUCACCACCUCCCCCCCCCUGGUUGGAUUGGACAAAAUUCAAGGGAAGUAAUAACCUUUAAAGAGAGAUGAUUUCUAUACCUGCCAAAUGCUAAAUAGAAAUUUUAUUUCAAUGCGGCGCAGUAGGGGGUAUUGUGUUCUGGACAAACACAUCUCUUGUUGGGUCACUAGGUCAAAGGUCAAGGUCACUGGGACCUCUAAAAAAAAUCUGACAAGCUUUCGCAGCCGGGCAUGGCACCCGUUAUGCGGUGCUCUUGUAGUAUAUAUAAUUCACAAUGGUGUUUAGAGAAAGUAACACGAAAGAGACUGAAUCACAAUUUUUCCUUUUAAAAAAUGACAUAAUAUGUACUGUCCGUAAAGAAUCAGAAUUUGAAUUAAAGAGCACAAAGUCACGAAAUGUUUAUGAAUUUAGCCAAAGCAGACUGUUAGAAGGGGUGCGACCAUUCAGUUGUAUGCCCUUUAUCAAAUAUGUCCCACCCUUUUUUUUCACUCUUUAAUUGGUCAAUGUAAUACAGUGACACCAAGUGUUUUUUUUAUAUUUGGGAUUAUAAAGAUUGACGAACAGUAUUACAUAUCUUUAGCAUCAAAUUAUUGUUAUUUGACCAUUCAACCAUUUUUGCAGGUAGGAGGUCACCCUGCCUUUUGUACCCCACAAAAAGGAUACAACAAUUGUAUUUAAUUCUCCUAUUAAAAAUUAAGUGAAUGAACAAAUUUUACUGCUCUCAGUCAGUCAGUUAAAGACAGGCAUUCCAAGUACAUCUCUUAACAAUGCUAGUGAUGUGAUGUUGUCUUUAUGGUUUGCUUGAGACAUUGACAACCCCCUGCUAGUACUGUUUCUCUAGUGGUGUACAUGGAAUGUAUAUUAUUGUAGCAAUCGUGUUGUGACAUAAUUUUCCAAAAGUGGAUGUGUUCUGAUAAUCAAUGGUCUUGUACAAUGUACUGGUAAUCUUGUUGUAGUAAACAAAUUUAUAAAAAGC